UUUCAGAUAAUUAUGUCGGGAGCCUCGAAAAAAGUAUCAGAGGAAGAGUUGCAGAAGCAAUACGCAGACUAUCGAGCUCAAUUCGAGCAGUGGAAGGAGAAUAAUAAGGGUUCCAUUGGCACGGAGGCUUAUAAUUCGUAUGUACAGCAAUUCGAGCAGUGGGAGAAAGAAGUGGAGGCGAGAACGUCACAGCAACAAAAGCACCGAAAAGCGGCGGCAGUUGACAAGGAGGCAGAAGCGGCGGCGGCCGCCUACGCACAAUCACAAGAAGCCUACAUGGCACAUCAUUUGAGAGGAAUGGAGCAGACGGAAAUGCAGAAAAGAGCCGCUGCUGCAGCUCAGCUCCAGCAGCAACAAAUGAUGCAGAAUAUGAUGAUGCAGAGACCGCCACCAGAACACCAGCAACCACCGCCACAAGACGUGAUGUUCGGAGCCGUAGGACGUGUAGCUCAGGGAGCUCCAGCCGCCGCACCACCGCCCACGCAACAACCACCACCACAACUAUGGGGAAACAAUAAGCCGAUCUACGAUGCGCGGGACCCACUUUUUGCGAAAUGGGGUGAACGAGCGGCGUCGGCACACUGCAAACCGGAGACCGAGCAGCAAAUUAACCCGGUCGCCUGUUGGCUCCUUCUAGAUGCUCUCCGCGAGAAGAAAAUGGUCCUGGCUCCGCACUCGAACACGUGUCCUCCUCCACAAAUCGGUGGACAUCAAAUUUGAUAAAUUUUGUACAAUUAAAUAAAAAUAUUUUUUUUUCACUUUUAAUGAAUUUUCAACAAAUUCCA